AUGGCUUCGACUGAUGAGGAUGAGAACUUCCAAGACGUGGACGAAUCCGAGACGACGUUACGAGAACUUGCCGGUGAAGAACGAUCCCCAGUCGAGGAAUCAUUCUACGAAUCUUAUAUCAUCCAAUCACGGACCGCCGUUGACAAUUUAUACGCAUCGAAUGUUUUAUCAUGUCAAAAACAUAUGAAAGUGAUGGGUGAUCUAGCUAGACAGAGGAAAGUUAAGUUAUCUUCUCUCGAAAGAGAACAAAAAAAGCUCCUAAAAAGAAUGGAAAAUCUAAAAGAGAAACAAGAAAUACAUUUACAAAAACGAUCGAAGACAAAUGACUCGAAAUCUAAAAGUGCAAAGAUUGAACAGACAGAGACUGCUGACAAGUUUAAUAGAACAAACCGUAGGCGCGGUUCUUUACCACCGCUGAUAACAGACACUAAAGACCAUACCCCGAAGAUGGUAAAAAGUUCCGAUCGGUUAAGUGUACCCGGUAAUAAUCUCUCUAAAUCUUGCAAUGAUCUGACAUCACUUUAUAACAGAGAUUCGCCAAGCCAAGAAUCGACUCUGGUCUUGCCAGCAAUCAAAUCCUCACGAUCAUAUGAAAACCUGUUAGGAACCCCUUUUAUCACCCACAUAUCAUCAAAAGUACACCAGCGCAUGGAGUCACGUGAUUCAAAAUCAAGCUGGGAUGAGAAAAAAAUUAAAACACAAAUUUCUACGAAAGUAAAGUGGGUUCCAAGAAAUUAA